AUGGGCUCCAACAGUAUCAAACUUUUGUCUGGAAACUCGCACCCAGACUUAGCUGAGAAAAUAGCCAAGAUACUUGGUCUCUCGUUAUCGAAAAUUGGAGUCUAUCAGUAUUCCAACAAAGAAACGUCUGUCACCAUUGGAGAGAGUAUCCGCGACGAAGAUGUUUACAUUAUUCAGACCGGAAGUGGUCAGCAAGAAAUAAACGAUUUCUUGAUGGAGUUGUUGAUUUUGAUUCACGCCUGUAAAACUGCAUCGGCCAGAAGAAUCACAGCGGUCAUUCCAAACUUUCCGUAUGCACGUCAGGAUAAAAAGGAUAAAAGUCGGGCACCAAUAACGGCAAAACUUAUUGCAAAUUUAUUAGAAACUGCUGGCUGCGACCAUGUAAUCACUAUGGACCUCCAUGCUUCUCAGAUUCAAGGAUUCUUCCACAUUCCUGUCGAUAACCUUUACGCUGAACCCAGUGUGCUGAACUACAUCAGGACGAAAACUGACAUUCAAAACGCUAUUCUUGUUUCGCCCGAUGCUGGUGGAGCCAAAAGGGUAGCUUCUAUUGCUGAUAAGCUGGACUUGAACUUCGCACUGAUACACAAGGAAAGACAAAAGGCCAAUGAAGUAUCUCGAAUGGUUCUUGUGGGAGACGUUAGAGGAAAAUCCUGUCUAUUGGUGGAUGAUAUGGCCGAUACCUGCGGUACUCUGGUGAAGGCAUGCGAUACUCUUUUCGAAAAUGGCGCCAAAGAGGUGAUCGCUGUUGUGACACAUGGUAUUUUCUCUGGUUCUGCAAAGGAAAAACUGCGUAACAGUAGAAUUUCAAGAAUGGUUUGCACCAAUUCACUUCCCGUGGAUCUAGAAUUAAGGAUAUGCGAUCAAAUUGAUAUUAGUCCAACGUUGGCGGAAGCUAUUCGCAGAUUGCACAAUGGUGAAAGUGUUUCCUACCUUUUCACACAUGCGCCAGCUUAA